AUGAAGAUGAUGGUUUUCUACAAGAGUCUGUCACUUUUACUGGGGUUUUUCUCAGUUCAAACGAAGGCAGGAAGAGAAGUGAACAUAGCAACAUGGGGCACACCUGUUCAGUCGACAUUAGCUUACAACUGGUAUGCCCAAAACGCUCUGGAUGGGUUGAGCUCCACCUGUACUCAUACAGAUGCACAGAGUGACCCGUGGUGGAAGCUGGACCUGCUGAAGACGUACAGCGUGAACAGCGUGACCAUCACUAACAGACUCGACUGCUGUAGCACCAGGAUUAACGGGGCAGAGAUUCGGAUUGGAAACAAUUCUUUAGAUGUUUUCAGCAACCCAGUAUGUGCUGUAGUUUCUUCUAUUCCAGCAGGAGCUACCUACAGCUACUCGUGUCGUGGGAUGGAGGGACGUUACGUUAUUGUGAAUAUUCCUGGAACUUCAAAGGUUCUUACUCUCUGUGAAGUGGGAGUCUAUGUUAUUUUUCCAGGUAAUUUGGCAACAGGAAGAACCAUCACACAGUCAUCAACCAUUGGCACCUGGCUUGGUCAACAAGCUAUUGAUUUCAAUCCAGGUUUCAUACAACCAUCGUCAUCGUGUUCCUCAACCGAUAAUCAGACUAACCCAUGGUGGAGGGUGGAUCUGAGUUCUGUGUACAGAGUAAGUAGAGUUGUCAUCACAAACAGACUAGACUGCUGUCCAGAACAAAUCGAUGGAGCAGAGAUUCACAUCGGAAACUCUUUGGAGAACAACGGUAACAACAAUCCCAUAUGUGCUGUGAUUUCUAGCAUUCCAGCUGGUGUUUCCUCCACCUACACAUGUAAUGGUAUGGAUGGUCGAUAUGUGAGUCUGUUCAUUCCUGGAGAUUCAAAGAUUCUUACUCUGUGUGAGGUGGAGGUCUAUGAAGAAGGUAAGGCCUGGACGUCCAGAGAGGACAACGGUGGUGGAUGA